AUGAGUAAUUACGAGGAUGAUCAAAGUGAAGAUGGAGAAUUAGCGCGUAGUCCUGUUCGGGACGAAAUGGAUUUUAGUUUGUCUGAUGAAGAUCGUGACAAUGCUGAUUCUUUAGUGAUCAAACCGCCUCAAGCUGUAAUUCGGUCGACACACAGAGACAAGAGGGCUCACAAAAGAGCUGUCAAGGAUAGGUAUAAAGACAAUAGCAGAAAAGAAAAAAAACAUCUUUACAGGGACCGUGAUAAGUCUGACAAAUCAAAAAGAGAGCUGAAUAAAAAUGCUGACCGUGAGGAGAUAGCCAAAGAAUAUUAUAGAGAAAAACAAUAUUAUAGGGAAAAAGAAAUGUAUAGAGAAAAAGAAACAUUUAGGGACAAGGACACAUACAGAGAAAAAGAGUCAUAUAGAGAUAAAGAAAUGUAUAGGGAUGGUAAAGAAAUGUACAGGGAAAAGGAGAUUAGAGAAAAGGCACUGUACCGUGAAAGGGAAAUGAGAGACAAAGAUAUGUAUAAAGACAAAGAGAUGUACAGAGAGAAAGACGUGUACAGAGAAAGAGACCAUUACAAUAGAGAGAGAGAACUAUAUAGAGAUAACAAUUCCUAUAGAGAAACAGCUCGAUCUAGAGAAGUUUAUAGAGAAAAAGAUAUGCAAAGGGAUGUUUACUUAGGAAGAGACAGACAGUAUAAUAAAUAUGUUGAAUCAGAACAGAAACGUCCCGAUGAAAGAAUAGAAUCUAGAUUAAGGUCAUUAGCUGAAGAAAGUCACACAAACCAUGGUAAUGAAAAAGAAAACAGGGACCGUACCUCAGCUGAUAGAGAGUUAGAAGAUUUAAGAACUAGGCUAUUAAAUAAAAGAAUAUCCAAGGAAUUACAAACUCAGGAUAAUAAGAAAGGUUUAGAAUAUCAUGAAAAGGAAUCCAAAUCAAGUUCUCGCCAUUCCACAAUGGAGUCAAGUACAAGGCACUCUGCACUAGACAAACACCAAGAAAAUAGAAAAAAUAAAGUUUUGUUUGCAGAGAAGGAAAGAGAAAAAAGAAAACACGAAUCUCGUAGUGAACUAGAAGCUCGUCGUGAACAACACAGGCGACGUGGGAAAAAACGCACUGUAUCCCCAGAUGAAACUACCAUAAAAAAACAUAAAACUGAUAACUCUCCUAACUAUGGUGACUCUGUUGUUACAGUAUCGGAUUCCAGUGAUGUGGAAAUGAAAAGUGAUUCUCAUUCGGAACCUGAAGAUGGUGAACAUACAAACAGUGAAACAGAGGAUGAUAGCUCAAGUACUGACUCGGACUCAGCAGCAGAAUCUAAGUCAGAAGAAGAAGAGUCAGUAGAACAAAAAGAAGAUACUAAGUUUGAUAAAGAGGAAAGGGAAAAGGAGAAAACUAGACCACCAUCUAAAUCAAAAUCUCCUAGCCCCACGCUAAAUCAAGAAUCACCAUUAUCUCAUGAAUCUGUAAGGUCCCUGUCUAGAUCCAAGAGCAGAAGUAGAUCACAUUCCUUUUCACCUCCACCCCCUGGAGAAAAUGGCAAAAGUGUAGAAGAAGAAACAGCUGUUGUAAAUGAUGAGGAAGAAAGAAUGAGAGAAGAAGCUAUUAAUGCUAUGCCACCUUACUACCCAGCCCUACAGGGUUGUCGAUCUGUUGAGGAGUUUCAAUGCCUCAAUAGAAUAGAGGAAGGAACCUAUGGAGUUGUUUACAGAGCCAGAGACAAAACGACUGAUGAAAUUGUGGCUCUCAAACGACUCAAAAUGGAAAAGGAGAAAGAAGGAUUCCCAAUUACUUCUCUGAGAGAAAUAAACACAUUACUUAAGGCCCGGCACCUCUUACCUGCAAGAGGGUUAGCUAGAGGUGUGACCCGAUUGCAAGGUCAUUUACGCCUCAGCAAAAAAUCUGUCUCGUACGGGCAGUAUCAAGAGAGAGCUGAUACUUUUUUUUAUGAAAGUAGAUUAAAUGCUGUUGAUAUGAUAUCACUGCGGAUGAUGUGCGGAGGCCAGCACCCGAACAUUGUCACUGUCCGCGAGAUCGUGGUGGGCUCCAAUAUGGACAAAAUAUUUAUCGUUAUGGAUUACGUAGAGCAUGACCUCAAAAGUCUUAUGGAGACUAUGCGCGCUAAGAAACAAGUGUUCUUACCUGGUGAAGUUAAAUGUUUGAUGACUCAACUGUUGAAAGCUGUACAUCAUCUUCAUGACAACUGGAUUUUACACAGAGAUCUGAAAACCAGUAAUCUUCUAUUAUCACACAAAGGCGUUCUGAAGGUCGGAGAUUUCGGAUUGGCGAGAGAGUAUGGUUCACCAUUACGUCAAUAUACACCAGUUGUGGUUACUCUAUGGUAUCGUGCCCCAGAACUGCUUUUGUGUUCUAAAGAAUACUCUACUCCUAUCGACAUGUGGAGCGUUGGCUGCAUAUUUGCGGAGUUCAUAGCUAUGAAACCACUAUUUCCGGGCAAGACUGACAUGGACGAGUUGAAUAAAAUAUUUAAGGAUCUAGGUACUCCCUCAGAAGCCAUAUGGCCUGGUUAUAACGAAUUACCCGCCGUACAGAAGGUGACAUUUGCCAUACACCCUCCAGGCGGCCUCAGGCAACGCAUAGGUCCCGAUCUUCUGUCAGAGGCAGGAUUGUCGCUGUUGGAAGGCUUCUUGACAUAUAAUCCCGAAAAAAGAUUGACAGCAGAGGCUGCUUUAGAACAUGCAUACUUCAAGGAACAACCAGUAGCGAUCGAACCGGCGAUGUUCCCGACGUGGCCGGCCAAGUCGGAGGGCAACCGACGUAGCACGCACAGCCCGCGCCCGCCUGCCGGAGGCGCCGCCUAUGCGCAGUUCGCGCGCGGCGACUCUGAUGAGGCGCUCGGCUUCCAGUUGCAUCAGCGCUCGGUGACUGUCGCUCCCGGCUUCUCGCUCAAGUUCUAG